GCCCCACCUCUGGCGCUCCUGCAGGGACCCGGCGCGCCGGCGAGGGGCGCUGUGGACCCGGCGCGGGAACCGCGGCGGCCGGGCGGACCCGCCUCUUCCCCUCCCCCGGCCGCCCCCACGCGCCGAGGAGCCGGACGCGGGCUGGAGACAGAGCGCUCGGGCCGCUCGGCGCCGCGGUCGCAGCCCUCCAGCCGCGCGGGGAGCUGGGCCGGGGGGCGCUGUUGGAACCGGGAGCCGCGACCCUUGCCUGGGCCUUUGUCUGCGAGCCGGGUGGCCUUCCUUGAUCGCUGCUCCCGGGGGCCGGGGACCGCGCCCGCGGCGCUCGGUGGGUGACAGCUCCUUCCUCCCUGGAGGGCUCCGGCACGGCUCGUCCGCGCCGGCCCGCCCUCGGACGCGCACCCAUGCCCCCGCAGCAGGGGGACCCUGCAUUCUCCGGCCACUGCGAGGCGCCGCCCGUGCCGCCGCGCCGGGAGCGCUGGGGGCGCGGGGGGCGCGGGCCUGGAGCGGCCGGGGGCCGGGGGCGCGCGGGCGGAGCCGAGGGGCGCGGCAUCAAGUGCGUGCUGGUCGGCGACGGCGCGGUGGGCAAGACCAGCCUGGUGGUGAGCUACACCACCAACGGUUACCCCACCGAGUACAUCCCCACGGCCUUCGACAACUUCUCGGCUGUGGUGUCUGUGGAUGGGCGGCCCGUGAGACUCCAGCUUUGUGACACUGCAGGACAGGAUGAAUUUGACAAGCUCAGGCCUCUCUGCUAUACCCACACGGACAUCUUUCUGCUCUGCUUCAGUGUUGUGAGCCCCUCAUCUUUCCAAAAUGUCACUGAGAAGUGGGUGCCAGAGAUUCGAUGCCACUGUCCCAAAGCCCCUAUAAUCCUUGUUGGAACUCAGUCAGAUCUUAGAGAAGAUGUCAAGGUGCUUAUUGAGUUGGACAAAUGCAAAGAGAAACCAGUGCCUGAAGAGGUGGCAAAGCUGUGUGCAGAGGAGAUCAAAGCCACCUCCUACAUUGAAUGCUCAGCCUUGACUCAAAAAAACCUCAAAGAAGUCUUCGAUGCAGCCAUUGUUGCUGGCAUUCAGUACUCGGACACCCAGCAGCAGCCAAAGAAGUCUAAGAGCAGGACUCCGGACAAAAUGAAAAAUCUCUCCAAGUCCUGGUGGAGGAAGUAUUGCUGCUUUGUAUGAUGCUGACCGGAAACCUAGAAAUGCUCCUUUUCAGAUGCAACUGCUAUUGGAAGCUAUAUUAGCUGAAGUGACUCCUUUUUACUGUGUAGAAUUUUGUAUAGAGAAUGUAUAUUAUAAUAUUUCUCUUAUAAUAUAUAUAAAGAAUAUAUAUUAUAAGAGGAAUUUUCAAUUCCAGUCUUCUUUUUUUGCCCCCAAUUUUCUGGUUUGAGUUUAGGAUUAGGUACUUAAGCAGAAUACUUUUGAAUUAAAUUAAGUGUUUUUUUCUAACUCUGGUAAUUUAGGCCCUGGACUUUUGGAUUGUAUUACUUCUAACGUGAAUAAGGCAUCUCAAAUCUGGGUGUCAAGAAUGAAAUUUUACUGUUAUCAUGGACAAAGAAUGAAAGAUUAAUGCUUGUUUGAGGACUGCUUGAUCCAGUUUGUUAGAUCUCAGGCCAGCUAUGGUGAGGGGGACUCACAGGUUUGAAGCUCUGCUCUGGCUCCUGUUUUUAAAGAACAAAGAUCUUGAGAGAGAGAGAGAAAAAAAAAAAGAGAGAUCCCUGCCUAUAAAAUCUCAAACCACUCCCUUUCCUCAUGUACCAAUAUCUGUUAAAAAUUGAAAAAUAACAACCAUUCCACUAGACACUUAUGGUGUGAUGUUUAUCAAAAGGGAAACAAUUGCUGGAAUUUUUAGGUUUUGACCCAUAGUGUAGGAUGCUGUAUAAAAAUCGCCCAAGUGCCCUGCAUAGUUCAGCAGGUAUUAGUCCGUGGCUCUUUGUAUCCUCUUGGGAGGGGUCGGUUGGAAGCAGAAUGUGAGAUUUGCUGUCAGACAUCAAAUCACCCAGAUCUGAAAGAGUUGCAAUUCUGGGAACCCCUGUUUGAAUCAUUUUUAAGCUUUCAACUUUAAGUGGUCUCAUGUGCAGGUAAAUGAGCACUCUUAAGGGACUCUAACAAAGAACUUGUGGGACUCAAAAUAUACCCUUCCACGCGCCAGCCAAAUGUACUUCUUUAUGUGUACUCAAACAAAAACACGUAUACACACAGGUACACAUUAUGUAUAGAUGACUGUGUUUGCUGACAACUAGACUUUUGAGCAGUUACUGGCCACAAAAAAAGAAAUAAAAAUUUAAAUAAACAAAACAUGGUCACAAAAACAUACCUUCUUUUGAGACCAUCUUAAAAUAUAAAUGUCUUAAAACUUCUAAAAUGAAUGACCCUUGAAAUCUAUUACACAUUUAAAUUUCUAGAUGUCUCUUAAGGAAUUAAACGGCAGAGUCAGUGCUGUGUUUUAGAGGUUUAGGAAAUGCAGCGUAUUUGGGGUGUAGGGAUCUGCUGUGAUGGCCUGUGGGCAAGAAACAGAGCUUCGUUUGACAGAUUUCUGCUGUGGGCCAGUCAAAAAAAUGCAAAACACCCAUGUUCUUCAAGUGGCAGUUUUUGGGGCUAAUCUUGUGUUGAAAAGUUUAUCAGGAAAGUAACUUUACUCUGUGAAGAGGCUGCUUCUGAGAUGCUAAAGGCAUCCCAACAUCAGACCCACCAAUGUGCCCAAGUCACUUCAGUAGCCAGCCAGAGAAAUGUUGAGCUAGCAGGAGAAAACGUUUAUCUUUCUAUGGAUUCUGUGUUUUUCAUAUCAGAAAAAUCCAAUUUUUGUGUAGAAAAAAAGAAAGGAUCAGAUUAUACUUUCGGUAGGCGCUUGUUUUAUUUUGGUUAAAAAAUAAUUUUCUUAUUUAAAAACUAAGAUAUCUUGAGCCUGGAGAGAUAGUACAGCAGGUAGGGUGUUUGCCUUGUAUGUGGCCGACCCAGGUUCAAUCCCUAGCAUCCCAUAUGGAUCUCUGAGCACUGCAAGGACUAGAGCCAAGAGUUAUCCCUGAGCAUUGCUGGGUGUGGCCCAAAGAAAAAACAAAACAAAAUCAAAAACAACUACCAAGAUAUCAAGUGUAUUUUUUUUUAUAUGUUGAAAUUGGAAUCCAUUUCCUGAAGCAGGUAGUUACCAUCUGAGUGAAUAAAGUUACUUCACUGUGGAGAUGUCCCCUAAAAAACCACUGAGAUGCCUUAAAAGCUGGGUGCCUGGUUCCCAUCUGAGGGGAAGGCAGUGGUGUCAGUGUAGCAAAGAGUCAUUUACUGGCAGGGAUUUGUAAGCUACUUUAAUUAAACACAACAGUAUGCUCAAACUCAUUAAGCUAGAACACAAAACUUGAAAGAAAUUCUAAGUAUGUGACAGUGUCUGGGGGUGCUCUGGGUUCUGGGACAGGGCUGGGGCAGAGGGCUCUUCUGGGAGAACUUAGCACCUCUGCCUCAGGUCCCUGAUGGACAGAAGCUAGUUGUAGUCAGUUCACUAGGUGGCCUAGUUCUCAGCACUUCAAUCUAGUGGUUUAUUUUUACCCUGACGAUACAACUUGUACAAUUGGACGAGAAAUUUAGAGAGCUGACAUUUACAUGCAGUAGAUUUUCAUAUGUUGCUGAUGUUUUUAGGCUAGGAAAGUUAUGAUGGUACCAAAAGUUUUCCUUAAAAUGUUUUUUUGUGUGAAUAUAGAUAGGGUAGAGAUGUUUUUAAGUGUAUAUUAAGUUAAAUAGUUGAUUUAUUUUAAAACUUAUCUUUAACUUGGCAUCACAGAAGAUUUUAGAAGUGUCAUGAUUUAUAAAUACCUCUAACUUCAAUAGGAGAGACCAGAUGAAAUUAAAAAAUACACUCACACCUGUUCUGUUUUCUCUUUUAAGCAUGUAUUUGGAAAGCAGCCUUUAUUGAUAUGGGGCAAGCUUCACAAAAACUGCCCCAAGAUUCCACAAGCCAAAAAAAAAAGUCUAGGUCUCCUCCCCAGGGCCUUUUUUUUUUACCAAGUUGUGUUUUUUCUGGUUUCAGUGUCAAGGAUGUUCAAAAUGUUGUACUUGAAAAUGCUAUAAAUGAGGUGAUAUAAAAUAAACCCUGACUGAAGACUAUAACCUGUUUUCUAUGGGAAGAUUUUGUGAGAAGUGCUUCCUGGCAUGGCUUCAGAUGCAUGUGAAUAAUGAUCACUAACCAAUAUGAAGCAUUCAUUCAAUAUGAGACUUCUAGCCUGCCAUGGUCAAUCUGAUCUGUGUCAUGUUAGACCCAUGUCUCAAGGGCACUGAAUGCCACUGUCCCCUAGCAUAGGAGGGAAUACUGUUGCUUGAAGUUUGGGCUCUAAGGAACACUUUGUGUUAUGAGCUGGAGAGGCCAGGAUCAGGCAGUUUCCUUGCAUGUAAGCAGUACCAGGCCUCUCAUGAGUGCUCCAUGGGAGCACGCAUUAUAGAAAAGGGGACAUGGUCUGCUUCUUCCUCACUGAGGCCACAAGAGAUGCCCCUGUGUGUGCUGUGCAAAUUCUUCAGGCUCAUGUGGUCUGUCUUACCAGGCUUUCAGAAGGGAACCCUUCCUCCAGGGGUCUUA